CUGUGGCCAUAAAUAGGCAGCCAGGGAGGCAGCACAGCACAGCCCGCAGAGCAGCACCACACGCUGUGCCCACCUGCGUGCGCCAGGAUGCCCAAGGCCAUGCUGCCCGCCUGCUUCCUCGGCCUGCUGGCCUUCACCUCUGCCUGCUACUUCCAGAACUGCCCGAGGGGUGGAAAGAGAGACCUGUUCGACCUGGAGCUGAGACAGUGUCUCCCCUGCAGCCCGGGGGGCAAGGGGCGCUGCUUUGGGCCCAGCAUCUGCUGCGGGGACGAGCUGGGCGGCUCCCUGGGCACGGCCGAGGCGCUGCGCUGCCAGGAGGAGACCUACCUGCCGAGGCCCUGCCAGCGGGGCCAGAAGCCAGGCCAAGGGCAUCUGCUGGGAUGCAGCAACCCCUGGUUCACGGGGCCCCAGCUCGGCCACAUCUUCUGA